AUGAAUACCAAUGUUGCCACAAUGACUACCAAUGUAGUUGUUACCCCUAAAGAAGACCAUGAGAAGAAGAAUGAGGAAGACAAUGGAGAUAAUUGGACAUUAGUUAAUAAAGCCACAAGAGAUAAAGGUAAGAAAAUAGUCUUUCUUGGAUCUACAUCUGUAGUUAAUUGUAUGAAUGGUUUUGAGGCACUAAGGGUCUUGAAUGACCCCUUAGUGACCCUUGAUAUAGGACCAUGUUAG